AUGAGUAUGCUUCAUCAAUCUUGUUUCGUCCGAGUGCAGAUUCACAACCGUCUGGAUCCGAGCUGCUGUGGCUUCAGUCCCCGGCAGCAGGACGCUUGCUACGAAGCCGGCCGCCAUCUUGAAUGCGCAGACCAGGACCGGAUCAAACUGGCAAACAUCGUGCACAGGGGCCAGGACCCCCGGCAUCUGGUCCUCACUGCCAACAAGGGCUACUUUGACCGCAGCGAGGACAACCUAGACUUCAGGCUGCUGGAAGGAAUCAAAGAGCUUCCUGAGCGGUCCGUGUCGGUGCUGAGGAGCGGGAGGCUGAGGGAGAAGCUCCUGCAGUCGCUCUUCCUGGACCAGACCUACUGGGAGAGCCGGGGCGGCCGAACGGGCAUCGACAAGCUCAUUGACGUCAUCGAGAGACGGGCCCAGGUCCUCCUUACGUACGCCAACGCGCACGGCAUUGCGGCGGUGGCCAUGAGCGAGUGAUGGGACGGUAACUAGGACUGAAAGAACCUUGUUGGCGUUCACUUUGUCUACUUUUCUGUCCCGUUGUGAACCCAAAUGCGGCCAUCUUUAACUUCAUGCUAAUUAUCACCUUCAGCCCUUAUUUUUGCCUUAUCUCCAUUAUUUGCUCUCUGGAAUGAAUGUGCUGAUAAAAGGUUACAGUCACA